UAAAAACAAUUUAUAAUUACCAAAAUUUCAUUAGCUCACAAAGCACCGAUGAUUAUCGAUAACCAAGUUAAUUAGUGCACUAAAUCCAAUCAGACAUACUUGGACUAUAAGCACCAAAGCACCAACUACAAGGUAACCGGCUAAUCCAUUCGGCUUCCUUGAAUUAGACAAAAACAAUAAAAUAAUUUGAUAAGGUCUUAAUUAUUUAUGCCAUUUACCAAAUCAUAAUGCCUAGCUACUAUGAUCGAAAUGAUGAUCGAUGACGGCAUAUAACAUUACUUACAUAUUUUAAUAUUUUUUAAUCUAAAAGAAACAAAACCAAAAUCAUAUAUAUAUAUAUAUAUAUAUAUAUAUAUAUAUAUAUAUAUAUAUAAGUUAGUGCAAAUAGGUAAAAAGUGGAAAUACAAAUAUGAGAGAGAGAAGGGAGUAGGAAAAGGGGAACAAAAGCAGCUUCAGAUAGGGCCCAGAACAUGUCCUCUCAAAAGACCCCAAGAUGUGAUUUUCAUCUUUGUCCACUGCACUAACACAUUCUUUUCUUUCACCUCCUCUUGUGUCUUAUUUCUACCUAUCCCAAUUUCCAGCCACCAUGUCCGGCGAAAUGCAUACCGAUUCCGCCUCCUCGUCACGAGCCGCCGCAACCUCCGAUCAGCGUCAUCAGCAGCCGGCGGCGGCCCCUCUGAGCCGAUACGAAUCCCAGAAACGGCGAGACUGGAACACCUUCGGCCAGUACUUGAAGAACCAGACACCCCCAGUUUCGCUGUCACAGUGCAACUUCAACCACGUGCUUGAGUUCCUUCGCUACCUUGACCAAUUUGGGAAGACCAAGGUCCACUUGCACGGUUGCAUCUUUUUUGGGCAGCCUGACCCGCCCGCACCCUGCACCUGUCCUCUCAGACAGGCUUGGGGGAGUCUUGAUGCUCUCAUCGGACGGCUUAGGGCUGCCUAUGAAGAGCACGGAGGCUCCGCCGAAACUAAUCCCUUUGGAAGUGGAGCUAUUCGCGUGUACCUUCGCGAAGUCAAGGAGUGUCAAGCAAAGGCCAGAGGGAUCCCAUACACCAAGAAAAAGAAGAAGAAGAACCAACUUAAGGGCCCUCAUGAUGCUCCAAAGUCCUUCAAGCAAUUGGCCACUUGAGAUCGAUCGAUGGAUGGACUGCAAGAACGACUUACUUGGAUUGGGGAUUUAAUUUGCCAAAGUGAACGAGAGCAUGUCGUAAAAGUAUCAUCUCUACUGCUGCUUCGACUAAAAAUGAUCAAAGAAAGAUAUUAAUAUCCCACUUAAUUAGUACGUAGUUCUGAACAUCAGAAUAAUCCUUUUGGAGCAAGUUUGUAGGUCUUAAAUAUAUGAUCGAAGUUCAACCUUGUAAGUUCUUUUCACAUAUUAGACCUCAUCCCCAAAAUAGAAACGGUAAGAUCGAAUGGUUAGAUUUACAGAUGUUUACUACUUUUAUUACCACUGUUAUA